AUGGCAGCUCCAAGGAAUCCACGCAUGCUCCAGUUCAAGCUCGUGCUGCUCGGCGAGUCGGCGGUGGGCAAGUCGAGUCUGGUGCUCCGAUUUGUCAAGGACCAGUUUGACGACUACCGCGAGAGCACCAUUGGCGCCGCCUUCCUCACGCAGACCGUCAGCCUGGAUGCGCAGACCACCGUGAAAUUCGAGAUCUGGGACACCGCCGGUCAGGAGCGAUACAAGUCGCUUGCACCCAUGUACUACCGCAACGCCAACUGUGCGGUGGUGGUGUACGACAUUACGCAGCCGUCGUCGCUGGAGAAGGCCAGGGCGUGGAUCCGCGAGCUGCAGCGUCAGGCCGACCCCAACAUCAUCAUUGCGCUCGCGGGCAACAAGGCGGAUCUGGCGAGCACGCGUCGCGCCGUCCCCACCGAGGAGGCGGAGAAGUACGCGCAGGAGGAGAACCUGCUCUUCCUCGAGACCUCGGCCAAGGACUCAUCCAACGUGUCGGAACUCUUUACCAUGAUUGCGCGCAAGUUGCCGCUCGAGCAGGCGGCCGACUCGCAACGCAACGCUGCCAGCCGUGCAGGUGCUGCAGGUGCCUCGGGGGCAGCGGGAGCAAGGCCCGGCGUCGACCUGCGCGGACAGCAGGGCGGACAGCAGCAGGACGCCUGCAACUGCUAG